AGGUUAUGAGGUCUCUCUCUCUGUUUGUCGGUACUAUCGUGACCGAUCAGACACACGGUGAGGAUGGGUUGGAACAAUGUGUCUGCAAUCAUGAAAGGGGGGGCCAGGUGAUCCUUGUCCUCGGGAGCGAUGCUCUCAGCUCCUGCGGUGGUCUACCGUUGUCUGAGAAAAAGCUAAUAAAAUUGUUAAAAUGGGUUGAAUUUGGGUUGAUGUCUGCGUUUCGUAUUUUUAGUCUUAGAAAAGUUGCUCUAAGUUUUCCCCUGUCGGAGAAGAUAUGUUCUCUUGCGAAGGUUGCGUCUGCAAAGCGCUGUUUCGGUCGUGAAUCCUUGAUCGAUCGUUGGUUUCGCUUGAGGUGUCUGAUUUUUGGUGCUUUUAGCCUCAGCUCUUUGCUGCUAAUCCGGAUAGUCGCUUGCUUUGGGCGUUGGAGGAGCGGUGUCUGUGAUAAGACUUUAGUAGAAGAUUCAAACAGAGUUGGGUUCUGGUGGGGUACUUGGAUAAAGAUCUCACUUGCUGGUGAGCAAUAGUGAAGAAAAUUAGUAGUCAUGUUCCAACGUAUACCUACGAAGAAAAGUGACAACUCAAAAUAUUAUGCUGUCCUUGGGGUGGGUAAGGGCGCAUCGCCGGAUGAGCUUAAGAAGGCGUACAGGAAGGCUGCAAUUAAGAACCAUCCUGACAAAGGUGGAGAUCCAGAGAAGUUCAAGGAACUUGCUCAUGCAUUCCAAAUACUUAGUGAUCCCAAGAAACGAGAAAUAUAUGAUAAAUAUGGAGAAGACGCUCUUAAAGAGGGAGCUGGUUCAGGAGAUGCUGGACUCAAUCCGUUUGACAUCCUUGACUCGUUAUUUGGCGGCGCCGGCGGUAAUCCUUUCGGAGGCUGCGGAAGUAGCAGGGAUUUCAGGCGGCAGAAGAAAGAAGAACAUGUGGAGAAGACUUCACAUCCCUUGAAGGUAACAUUGGAAGAUCUUUAUAAUGGAGCAACAAAGAAGGUCAAUACAUCGAGAAAUGUUGUUUGCAGGAACUGUAAAGGAACGGGAUCGAAGACCGGCUCAUCCAGUCGGUGCGCAGAGUGUCUAGGUUCAGGCAGGACGAAUUUGAUACGCCAGCUGGGUCCCAAUAUGAUUCAGCAGAUACAGAGUGUUUGCUCUGGCUGCGGAGGCUCAGGAGAGACUAUCAGAGAGGAGGACAAAUGUGGACAGUGCAAGGGUCAGAAGCUGUUGCACGAGAAGAAAGUGUGGGAGGUAGUUGUGGACAAGGGCAUGAAGCAUGGGCAGAAGAUUACGUUGCAAGGCGGGUAUAACGAGGCGCACAAGAAAGCAACAGAAGAUGUUGUGUUCGUUUUACAACUGAAGGAGCAUCCGGAGUUCAAAAGGAAAGGAGACGACCUGUUUCUGGAGCGCACACUGAGCCUGACAGAAGCUUUGUGCGGUUUCCAGUUUUCUCUGACACACUUGGAUGGAAGGCAGCUUCUGAUCAAAUCAAAACCCGGUGAAAUUGUGAAGCCAGGUCAAUUUAAGGCUAUCAACGACGAGGGUAUGCCGCACUAUCAAAGACCUUUUGAGAAGGGUAGGUUAUACUUGCACUUCACUGUGGACUUCCCCAAGUCCGGGUCACUGACAAUGGAUCGAUGCGAUGCAAUUGAGGAUAUUCUACCACCCAGAGCAGCUGUGAUGUUCACGGACAUGGAAUUAGACGAGUGUGAGGAAACAACUAUGAUCGAUGUAAACAUUGAGGACAAGAUGAGAAAGGAGGAGGAGCAACAAGAAGAGACAAAGCUUGAGGAUGAAGGACCUCGCGUCCAGUGUAAUCAACAGUAGGCUCUUCUGAAUUUCUUUUUCUUUUUCUUCUUUAGAUGUUAAACUUGAUGGUACAAAAGUAGCAAUGUUUUUGAUUCUUACACUUUUUUUGUAUCGAUCACUUCAGUAAAUAUUUGAGAACUCUUUUAAGUGAAACAGGGACUGAGUGCAGCAAAAGUCUUCCACUGAAGGAGUGCCCCUCAAUCUUAAUCUCAA